UCCGGCAGAUGAACCACUCCAAAUGUUCCUCUGGUUAGUGUCCACUCAGUCCUAGCUGUGUGGAAACUCUUCGCUCGCAUUAUGGCAAAUGUUCAAGUUGCCAUCCGAGUCCGUCCACUCAACGCAAGGGAGAGUGCAGAUGGAGGGAGGCUGGCUGUGCAGGUGGAGGAUAAAUAUGUGAAGAUCCGAAACACAAAGCUGGAUGGACGUACGGACGGUGCUGUAGAUUCCAGGGAGAGACUUCAGGAGUUUUGUUUUGACUACUGCUACUGGUCAGUGGACCCUGCAGACCCUCACCAUGCCUCACAGGAGGAGGUGUUCCAGGACUUGGGUGUGUCUGUACUGGCCGCUGCUUCUGAGGGUUACAAUGUGUGCGUGUUUGCCUACGGCCAAACAGGAUCCGGAAAAACACACACCAUGAUGGGCACACCGGACUCAAUUGGUUUGACCCCUCGAAUUUGUCAGGGUCUCUUCAGGUCUGAGGACACUUUUCCUGAUGGCCAGAACUCAAGUAGAGUGGAAAUCAGCUUCCUGGAGAUCUAUAAUGAGCGAGUGCGAGACCUGCUGAGACGGGGUGAGCAGAAGAAGAGAGCUUCCCUCAGAGUCCGAGAGCAUCCUGAGAAAGGCCCGUAUGUUCAAGACCUGUCCCAACAUGUGGUCUCAGACUGUAAACAGGCCAUGGACCUUUUGGAAGAAGGCAUCGCCAACCGCAUCACUGCGGCAACCCACAACCACGAUGCCAGCAGCAGAUCCCACGCUAUCUUCACCAUCCAGUACACACAGGCAAUCCUUGAAAAUAACCUUCCUUCAGAAACUGUCAGCAAGAUUAACCUGGUGGACUUGGCUGGGAGUGAGAGAGCAGACCCUCAUUACUGCAGAGAUCGACUCACAGAGGGCUCCAACAUCAACAAGUCACUCGUCACGCUGGGCAUUGUCAUUUCUGCACUUGCUCAGAACUCCCAGAUGUCUAGCAGCUGCCAGAGUAUCAACAGCAUGGCCUCUGAGGGUGAUGGCAGCACGGUGGGUAGUCACAGCAGCUCCCUGUCUGGAGGAGGAGGAGGAGGAGGGAGGAGGCACUGCUUCAUCCCAUACAGAGACUCAGUCCUAACCUGGCUUCUAAAAGACAGCCUUGGGGGCAACUCCAAAACCAUAAUGAUUGCAACUGUCUCGCCCUCCAUUAACAGUUACAACGAAACCCUCAGCACGCUCCGCUACGCUGCCCAUGCCAGAAAUAUUGUCAACAAGCCUCGGGUUAAUGAGGAUGCUAACGUCCGCCUGAUCAGGGAGCUGAGGGAGGAGAUUGACAGGCUGAAGAGCAUGCUGCUUAGCUUUGAAAUGCAACGUAAUCCCAGUCCAUCCUUGAGUGACGAGAGGGAUGGAAUUCUGUCCGACAUUGUGCUACAGAAUGAACUAAAGGUGGAUCAGCUGACGAAGGACUGGUCAGAGAGCUGGAGAGACAAGAAGGAGCUGCUGGAGCAGUACAGCGUGGACAUCAACAGAGACCAGGCCGGGUUCCUCAUCAGCUCCCUCCAACCACAUCUGGUCUCGCUCGACAGAGACGUUCUCAGUACUGGUGUGGUCUUCUAUCACCUCAGGGAAGGAAUUACCUACAUUGGCCCAGAGGACGAGUCUGGAGAACCCCACAUAGUUCUGCAGGGCAGCGCCAGCUGUGAGAUUGAAAACCACAGAGGUGUGGUAACGCUCAGACCGCUACCAGGCUGCGUUUGUCUGCUCAACGACAGAGAGGUCAGCGAGCCCUGCAGACUGGCUCAAGGGACAGUGAUCACCUUGGGAGGAGUGCAUAAGUUCCGCUUCAACCACCCAGCAGAGGCAGCCGUCCUCCGAGAGCGCAGACGGGCUAGUGAAGGUGGUAUGACCUGCACCUACGCUGCUCCCUGCCCCAUGACCUCUGACCACAGUGUCAAAGAAGUGACGCUCCAAGGGCAGCCGGAUGCCUGCCUCUCCCCCAGUGAGGAGCCGAGUGCCAGGCAGCGUGUGGAGGAGCAGCAGCGCUACGUAGAGUGUUUACGACAGGAGAUACAGGCCGAACAGAGACGAGCUGAGAGAGAGCUGGAGGGGGAGCAGGCCCACCUUCAACUGCAGCACAGUGAGAUCCAGCAGUGGAUUUUAUUAGAAAAGCAGCGUCUGACCCAAGCUGAUCACAGAGUCACCCAAGAGCUUGGUGUUCAAACAGAUCUCAUCCCUUCCCCUCUUCUGGAGCGGGUGACAAGUAAGAUAUUUGAGAAUCAGGAAGGUCUACUAGUGGAUCGUCCAUCCCAGGCAGCAAGAGUUAGGAAGAAGGUUGUGCAGGAGGAGUUACUAAAGCACUACGCCCUCCGCCGUGCUGAAAGCCGUAUUCGCCGAAAAUGGCUCUACUACCAGCUGGAGAGAAUAGCCCGGAAGCGGCACCUGUUAGAAGCUAAAAGGGAACUGCAGCGUUUGGAAAGGGCUCUGCCACCUGGGACAGAGAGUCCAGAGUCUCCGGAGUUUGGGUCUCCAUCAAAGCAGAGAGGACGAUCCUGUGUCUCCCGAAGACAUUCGUUCUCAGCAGACCUUCUAUCCAGGCUUUACCCACAACACACCCCCAUCUUCAGACAUUUCCUGAAGAGAAACAGAUCCACAGACCUGUCUUUAAAUUCCCUCACAACCUCUGAUUCCACCGGCAUCAGAAAGUGGGUUUCAGAUGAGUACCUUCCACGGGAAAGGACUCGGAGUUGUUCUGCUGUGCUUUCAAGUCAAAAUAAACCCUGCCACAGCAGAACAAGCUCCUCCGAAAACAUUAGACAGACGCCAAAAGAGGAGGCCCAAGCUCCGCCUCGCCAGCAGCGACCAGAAAGAAAACCUCUGCUGCCAAACAGAGACUUGUCUUUUAAGAACAGAUCGGAUCCAAACCCAUUUGUUACUCAUAAGUCUCCGGCUGGUACUGCAGCAUUACCUGUCUGCAAAGAAAACAUACAAGGAUCCACAACAGACAAGCCUACUUCUCAGAGUAUCUCAAGUGUGAGUGUGAGAAGCCCAUCUAAUCCAUGUAACACCAGAGUUGAAACCAUUAAGCAAGCAUUUUCUGUGGGACCCAGGUUAAAAACUGCUCUGUCUAAGGUGUUCAGAAAACCACCAACAGGUGCCAGUGGAGGAAGAUGCUCCAAAUCUUUGGGCAGGAUAGCAACCAGAUUUCACUGGAGACAAAAGCGAGACAGGAGCCUUAAAGAUUUCAAGAUGAACAAAAGCAAAUGUACCAUUAAAACAGCAGUCUCCUGUGAGGACCUCGACCAAAGGACUCGCUUAAUGUUUCAAGACACGAGACAGAGGCGGUGGCAUAGUACAGAAACUCUGAUGAACCAGACCAGUAGAUGGGUCGAAAAUCAGCUGGGACUGAAGGGAUGGGAGGAAGAUGAUAGAGAGGAGGAGGUAGAGAAGGACGAAGCCACGUCAGACUGUGAAAGUCUUUUCUCCCUUGAUUCUCUGUCCUCGGCUUAUGCAACAGCACUAGCAGAGCAACUGAAGCGUGAGGAAGCAGCACAGAGCGAGGCAGAGAGCGAAGACAGUCAGAUGUCCAAGGACUCCUUAGCUGUGGAGCGCAGUGGGAAAUGCUUAGCAGUGGAGAAACACAGUCGCACCAUGGUACCGACGUACACAUUGGUGGCAGAUAAUGCUUGUUCACCCCACAUUAGUACACAGAGCAGUCUUAAACCUCAGGUAAUCCCAGCAGAGAUAUACUGGGGUCAGCAAGGUUCUCCAAAAACAAAGCAAACUCUAGUAUUUUGUGCAACAAGGAUUCCUCCACCCCAAAACACUGCACACAAAGGGAUGGAAGACUUACAGACCACGUCAACAAGCAGUCCACGCUCCCUGAGCAGCUGUAGCGUUAGGGAACCAGAAAACAUGCUGGCCCUCACUGAUGCUUGGUCAUCUACUGAAGCCGCAGACAGUCCCAGGAUUCCCAGGGAUUACCUAAGUAGCCAAAGAAAAAUGAUGUUCAGAGGUGGAGAGAGCGGUAGCAGCAGUCCUAGUCCUAUCAGCAUGACCCUGUCAGAUUCACAGAGAGGAUCUAGAAGCUACAGUUCAGCAUCCACUAGCACAGAUGGUGUAAACGUAACAGUAGAGGAACAAAGCAUUGCAGUUGCAAGUGUUACAUUUGACAGAUUUGAUUUAGACGCCUCCAACAGUUUAAUGCCAGAUGAUCCUCUAGUAUUAGGUAAUGUAAAGGAGGAAGGAAGUUGUGUGAAACGGUCAGAUGGGCGACCAGAACAAGUGAUGAAUGCAAGUAAAAGCACAGCACCUGGUUCAGAUGAUAUAGUUUGUGUGUCCCCUACCUCUAACACACCACAGAAUGUGUCACACGUUGAAUUACUUCAGGUGAUGACAGAUGCACAAGAAAUGACAGCUGGAAACAUUGCUAUGUCCUCAGACACAGAAAUGAUUCAUGUAAUGCCUGCAAAUCCUAUAAGCCAAGAUCAAAUAUUGAUUGAAGUGUCUGACACUAUGAAUGUCUUCAGAUCAUCCACUGAGGAUGAAGUGCUAUGCAAUGUAGAUGGUGUAACAGAUAUGUUCAAAGACAUUCAGAAGGGUGGAUUUGGGAAUACCAAAGAUGUAUCACUUACAUGUCACCCGACAUUGCAUAAAACUGAAACCAAAGGCAUUGAGAACAACAUUGCACUACACCAGGAGCUUGUUAAAUCGACUUGUAAAAAUUCCAGGAAGAGGAACAAAGACCAACAGGAUGCUUUCAUGGGCAGCUUGAAAAUCCCAAAAAGGAGCAACAGCAAAGAGCCAGUAACCUUUAGCUCUAUAUCAGUUGCCAGUCAGGAAGAAAUUUGGCCUGGUGAUAAUAAUAAUAGUGGGGACUCCAAAAGGGAGCAGUGUGCAGUGGAAACUGACAGGCCUUGUUUGGAUACUGCUCAUGGUGAUGGCGUUGAUGUAGUAGCAUUUUCACUUUCUGAUCCCAUAUGUAGGAAGAGGACUCCCCAGAGCUUUGAGGACUCUGAAUGUGCCCUUAAAAGCAGUGACAAAAGCUUUGAGAAUGUUGCCUUUUUGGGAGAAAGUAUAGUUAGACAGACAAAAGUGGGAGACUUCCAAACGGAUGACAACAGAAGACAACAAAAUAGAAACCACAUAUGUCAAUCCAAUGCAAUAUGUAAUGCCAUUGACCUGAGAAUCUCAGAAGUGGUUAAAGAAAGCAUGAAAUCAUCAUUGAUGGACAGUGAUGGGGACAAAAAGAGCAGAAGUCAAAGUCUGAAUACACUGACAUCAAACAGACCAGCAGAGAUGACAUCUACAUGUCAGUUUGAAUGCAAUAUUCAUGCACAAAGAUGGACAGAAAGGCAGUUGAAAGAUGAGAGAUGUGAUCACAUGAAACAAGGAGCAAGUCUUUCAGAGAAAAGUUGCACUUUGCUAAACAUCCAGCUGAAAGAUUACAGAGAAGUGGAAGACCUGACAUUGCAACCAACUGGUUCUCUGUCUUUGAUAACUGAUGCCAGUUCUGCAAGAAAUUUGGAGACAAAUGUAAGUCAAGAUAUUAGGAAUGUAGGUAAGCAGAAAGGGAAGUCUUGUCUUAGUAAUCCUGUUAAUGAUAAAACCUCAGAAGAAUUUGACCAAAUUUCCCCUGACACAUCCUGUACUGUGGGUGAUGCAAAAGGUACUCAAGUAAAGAAUGUGAGAGCACAUGCAUUGAGUGUCGAAGAAAAAACCUGGUGUUUAAAUGAACAAAAUUCAACAACGGAGACUCAGCAUUUUCAAGUGAGGUCUCAAAUGUCUACAAGCUUAAAAGCAUUCCCUAAUGGAGUUCAGCCACACCAGCAUGUGUGUAUUGAUGAGGAUUCUGUUGUAAAAGGGUUUUGUGUUACCCCUGGCUGUGAUGGGAAUGGUGAAACUGAAGCUACAAGAAGAGAUAAACCUGGUGUCAGAGCACAUGAUCACUUUAGCUGUCCACACACACGAGAUAAUUUGGCUCAGACAUGUGUGGUCAACAUGAAUUACAACAACAAAUGUCAAAAUACACCAAAUUCACACCACAGCUUUGAUAACCACAGUCAAUUCAACAACAACAGUGGCCAAGAAAUACUGACUUACCAGUAUGUGGAAAAGGCUCCAGCAGUCUUGGUAGAAUCGAAGUAUGAUAGGAGUAGAUCUGCCUUACCCAUACACAAGAUACUGGAGGAAAACAAUACCCAGCACAAAAAUGUGCAUAAAUCUCAAGUGUCAAAAGAGAGUGAGAUAAACACAUGUAGUGAUGAACAGGCUAAUUCUGCUAUUUUGCCUAAAAAGGCCAAGUCUAAGAGGUUCAGGCGGUCGAAUGCACAGUCUCAAUUGUCAGCUUUUUUCUCUGAUUCUUCUGUUAAGUCUUCAGAUGAUGAUGAAGAGGAUGACCACACCAGAGUGAAUCAGAGCAGGCUCUUGUAUACACGAACAAAGUUUGGAGAUUGGAGUAAUGGCCAACAAGACAUCAGGCAGUCCAGAAGUAAUGAGACAGAUAUUUCUAACUCACUUUCAGAUGGCAAAGCAAAAUUUAGGGCUUGUUCUCCUGGAACUCGGACUAAAAAUGACUUUAAUUCCAACCAAAAAAGGCUUUCUUUGUCACCUAAAGCAAUUUCACAAAAGACGAAUGUAGCCAAGAUCCGUCCACAUGCAGAAAAAAGUGAACUACAACAUACACUUAAGUGUCAUGACUCAACUAUGCAUUUUGCCUCCAGUGACAUCAAUCCUUUUGCUCGCCAGUGGCAAGAUGACAAUUCCAUUCAACACUGUUAUAAAAACCCAGCAUUUGGAAGUGCUGCUGACCUGACAUGUAAAUCCCCACUUUUAAACAGUGCAGAAAAACGAAUAACAAGAUGCUGCAGUGUUGACAAUGGUUUAAACAGACAGAAUUCACCUUUUAAUUCCCAUCUGAGCACUUACGCCACCAACAAAGGGCUCUCCAGUACUUUCAGCAGCAUGGAGGAUUACAGGCAAGCAGCGCAGCUUAGACCCUGUCAACAAGCAGACGCUAAUAUUCACAGUCCCGUCAUCAAACUGACCGUCAACAGCUGCUCUUCAAGCAACGACGCUCCCGGUGGGUUUGGUAACAACUCCAGUCAGGUUGAUGAAAUCAUGUUUGUUUAUUCAUCUGAGCAAGAGUCUAAGGCAAGUGAAGACAUAAAAGCUAGUCGAAGGAUCUCUGAACACGGUACUCAAACUGAACUAAGUCUACAAAUGGGUCUGCUAAAAUCUGACAGCAAUACUACAAGUCCAAAGAGGAAAGACCGGCACAAACGGAGCAAAACCGAUGGUACUGCAAUACAGAGAAUGAAAAUCAACAUUAAAGAGUCGCCAACGUGGGCGAGUAUGGAAAGCAUGUCAGCUCACCUCUCCAAACUGAUCGACAGUACCUCAGACCUAUUAGGGGAUGUUCAGGAGAUGAGAACAGGCGAAAUCCGCAGUCCAAACAGAAGUGCAAACUUGUCAAAUGUCAAUGUCUAUUCUAGUGAGUCUAAAGAUUGUACUCGAAGAGAUGACUCAACACAAACAGCUGUAGAUGUUGGCAUCCAGACUGAACAGCCUUUAUCAGGUAGGGACAUUGCUGAUCCUCAGUCACACAACGAAAGGUCCAAAUCUCAUGAAGUUAAUGUGAUAGUCAAAGUGAUUGGCUCUGAGGCCAUAAGUGUAUCUCAAGAUGAGAAUGUUCACUGUGUGGUGAAAAGUUUAGCGAACGCAGAUGAGAAGUUGCAGAGCGGGCCUGACCUGAGGCCUAACACCUCUGCUGUAGUAAAAAGGUUCACCCCGAUGCCAGAAAACAAGCCUCUCAAAACUCUUCCUGUGAAGACUGCAGCCGAAUGUCAAAGACGUGUAAAGUCAGCUUCUUCCAGAGGCUCCAAGCAAAGUAUGCCCGAGGUGUCGCACCACAAAAGCGUUUCAGUAUUUGAAAGUGGGCACAAACCAAUGAGAAAAGGCUACCAAGAAAAGAGCCUUUCUCCAAGAAAUGACCCUUUGACUUGUUCAAAGAAACAGGCUACAUACACAGACCGUGCAUCAUCUCCUAUUCUCACAGUGGGAACAAGAUUAUCUCUGAAGCAGAAAGGAAAACAGUCCACUCCCAGAUAUCAGCAUGGAAAUAACCAUAGCCGUACUAUGCUUUCUAGCAAGCAGUCAGUGUCCAUUUCAGAGGAUGAUCUGACACCCACAGAAGAGUGUGAUGUUCCCUCAAGUAAAUCGUAUGAAUCCAUAUCACUUGAGAAUGUUACUGAAAUGAGUUCCUCAAGCCCUAAAAGAUUUGACAAUUGCUCUCCAAGCCUCAGUUCAUCACUGGAUCGAUACACAAACACUGACUGGAGAAAAGUCAGCCAUAAAGAUCAGGACUCGCUGAGUUUGAACUGGCUGAAAGUGUCUUCACAGAGUCCUAAGUCUACCCAUGUGUCUCCCAUAUUAAAGCAGAAUGAUGUGAAUAGAAAGCACGUUGAACAUUUAAAAAUUCAAAGGUUUACAGUUCAAGCAACACCUUCAGCUGACUGUAAAGAUUUAUAUGCCAAUGCAAACAACACACAGAUCAGCGACAGGACUGUCCUUCAACAGGAUGACGUGGUAUCACUAGCACCCAGUGAAUGCAGCACAGAUGUCCUUGUUAACAUUAAACCUGUGACAGAUUUACUGGCUUGUCAGGACCAGCAGAGAGUCCCAGAAGACCUGCCCAUACACAACAAGUUCACCAACUGGUCUGGCAUCAACCAUCAACAAUCAGCGCGCUCCAGUUUUCCCAACAAACUGUCUGCAUGCGACCAUGACAAGAGCAGACCAUGCGCUGAGUGGGGAGAAAUGGAAAGUUGUGGAUCAAACAUGGAGUCGGCUUUGCAGAGUGACAGGAGGAUGAGAGAGAUUGAAAGACUGCGACAUGAGAGAGAGCAGGUGAUGGCUACGGUCAACCUCAGCAUGAACCCCACGCCGUUGACUGUGGAGCUGACGGAGGCCAAGCUCCAUUAUGGUCUGGGAGAGACCGACACGAUGCUGAAGAUGUUGUCUUUGAGGUCCAGAAAAGACAUGGAACCAGCGGCCUUGGCUCCCACUAAGCAGCAGCUCUAUGACAGCCACCGCAAGAGUAUUGAGGGUUUGAGGCAGGAGAGGGAGGAGCGUCUCCAGGGUUACCGCAGAACUCGCAGCCUGAGUCCCAGCAAACAUCCAAACACCUCCCCUCAGGACGCCGGUCCCUCCUCUAAAGUCUCCUCCAUGCCCAGCCGGCGUAAGGAGUAUCUGCAACAGCUCCGCCAAGAGGUCAUAGAUAGCACCAGAAUACCUCACCCUCCACGAGAGGAGAGCCUGUAUCCAUCUGACAUCGAGCAGCUGUUGCGAGACUACAGCCGAGCCCGAGAUGAGGCCAGGUCAGAGAUCGCAAAGGCACGGGAGCGAUUGAGGGAGAGAACUGAGCAAGAGAAGAAGAGACUUCAGCAACAGGCCGUAUCACAGGAAGUGAAGGAUGACCUGAGGCAUCGGAACAGAAUCAGCAACAGCACCUUGUGCACUGGAUCCAGUCUGAGCCUAUCAUCUGGACCAACAUCAGGCUACAACAGUGGCAACACACUACAGCAGGGCAGCAGAGCAGUGCUGACUGGACAGGUCACAGGGUUCCAGGAUGAAGGCCAGAAGGUCAUAACACGACCACCGAUCUGUGGUCCUCAGAGUGUGAAGUCUCAGAGAGCCUGGCUGUCUGCUCAAGACGUUCGUGUUGAUGCUUCUAUCCCAGGGUUUGAGCCUCUCAUAACCUCUUCUCUGUCGCAUAACACAUGUAUGCGUCAACGCACCACCUCCUUUGGCUCCUCCUCUUCCAUUUCCACAACUUAUCAGGACAUUACAUUCAGUCUUCAUGGACGGGCUGUUGCUGAGGUGAGACUGGCUUCUGCUGGGGAUUUGAGCAACUUAGUGAUGGGCAAGGCCACUGCGGGAUGGAGGUACCAAGGUGAAGAGCGGGGCGUUCAGGCGUACUUGAAGGCCUCCUCUAGCCUGUCUGUCCAUUGUUUCCUGGGGGCUGCAGAUCUGAAUAGACCCCUGAACAGCCUGUGGAACGUCAUUUGCCAGCUGUCCAAGAGCCACAUGUACAACCAGUCGGUCCGUUCUGUGUGGACACGACCACUAGAUGACAGCACUCAGCUGGUGUAUAUACUGACGGAUCCGUCCACCUGCCACCUUAGCCAGCCACGAGACUUCUGCUGCAUCAGCACUAAAUCUGAACAGGGCGGCCUGCACGUCCUCGCAAUGCAGUCUGUGUUUGAGGAAUCUCUACCACGUCCCAGCGUGGACGCCGUCCGAGGAGAGAUGAUGCCCAGCUGCUGGCUCCUUCAGUCGGUCAGCUGUAGUGGACAGGAAGUCACCAGGGUGGUCUAUCUGCUGCAGGUGGACCUGGGAACGCCGUCCUUCCCUCAGCGAUUGUUGAACACUGUUGCCAGAAAACAGGCAGCUGUCAUUGCUGACCUCGAUGCCUUCCUCGCUUCAUAAAAACUAAACAGAAAAACCACAUGAAGACAUAUUAGCAGUGAGCACUUGGACUGAACCGCCUCCAGCGCACUCAGUUUCUCUUUCGAUUUGCACCUGAAAUUAUUUACUUGACUUUUUUUUGUUUGUCUUUUACUGUUAUUUAGAGCACUGUUACAUUGUUAUCCAGACACAAAGUUGAAGCAGCUUUCUCUUUUGAAUGAAGGCAUUUUUUUAAAUAUUGAAACUGUAUUUUUAUAUUUGUACAUUUCUAUAAUUGCUUUCAACAAUCACAAUGUAUUUCACCAAAGAUUCAUUAGAAAUUUGAGAAAGUGACGUGGGAUGGUCUUUUAAGUAUAUAUUGCAUAUUUAAUUUUCCAGAGUAGAAAAAGCUUUUAACUUUCCCCAUUUAAUCAGUUUAUUAAAUGAACUGAAUAUAACUUAAUAUAUCACUUAAUUAGAGCUUAUUAAAUAUCUGUUUUUUAGCUCAUUUACUGUAGCAGACUUAGGUUUGUGCUGUAUUGUGAAGGGACAGAUAAAUACAUUCUAUUAAAAAAGGCCUUCACCGUAGUUAGAGAAAACACAGGCAAUACAAAGUCACAUUUGUGACAGUGUAUCAUGUAGUUGUAGCAGAAGUGCCAAAUAUUUUAUUGAAAUGAAAGCUGUAACAUUCAGAUGCACUCAGUAGAGGAAGUAUGAGUGAACUCAAAGUUAUUUGAGUGUGUAUUUAUGUGAAUAUUGACUCAGAUGAUGCCUGAAUUGUCUUAAACAAAGGAAAUAGCCAGUCAUCUUGACCCCCCCCCAUCUUUUAGAUGCUUCUUUUCCCAGGCACAUACUGUGUUUGAACCACUCAGACUGUCGUCAGUGUAAGUAAGCUCUGAGUGAACCAGCAGCGUCACAUGCAGUAGCUGUUCAGUUUUUAGCCAGUAUCUGUAAAGUGUAUUUGUAUACAUUGUACGUAUUAAAGCCCCUUAGUAAGACGCUCCAAUCAGAGAACAAAACAGUUUUGUAGCAAAAAAAACAAAAAAGUAGGGACUUUGUGCAUGUACAGUAAGAAGUAUAAGAAGGUAGAUUAGCUUUCACCACAGGUUCAACCCCUGUGUGGCAGCAAGCAACUGGCCUUCUGAAGUGUCCUUGAGCAAGAUGUGGAAGAGCAGCUCCAUGAAUCUGCAGCUAACCCUGACCUAUGACCCCUUUGUUUCCUCCAUAUGGUACAACUAAUCUUCAUCAGAUGGAGUUUGAAGGGCUUGUGUUCUCACCUGUCUGAAGUCUGUGGUAUUUAUUUCUCUCUUUGAAACGCUAUUGAAUGUGUGAAUUCUUUGUGUUCUGAUUGUUUUCUCAGCAAAGCGUCGUGUGUGUGUGUGUGUGUGUUCAGCUGCUUGCACAGAAGUUGUCAAUUCAUGUCUUAAU